CAUACCCCAUUACCCCAAACUUUUUACCCUCUCUCUCUCUCUCUUUUUCUUGCUACCUCAUCAAACACUGUCACAGCCCACAUGCACUCUUCUCUUUUUUAAACCCACGCUCACGCAAACAAACAACAUCACUCCAUUUUCUAACCAUUCUUUGAGACUCACUCUUCACUCACCACUUAGUUCGGUUGCAAUGGAAGAAGGCUACUACAAGAAGAAGAGCCAGGUGCCAGCAUUUGGGAGCUGGGAUUGGAACGAUAAUCUACCUUUCACACAGUGCUUUGAGACAGCGAGACAAGCUGGUUUGCUACGAUGUAGCUACUCUGAAUCUGAAGACCGUGAUCUUUACGUUACAGGGGAUUUGUACGAGAACAAUGUUGUCACUCCAGCCAUGAUUGUUGUUCCUCGCAGAAGGAAAAAGGUGUUUGACCAACAUGAAAGAGAAACAAAAUUGAAGAAUUGGAUCAGUGAUGAUGUGGAUAAUUCACCACCCAGUUCACCACCAUCGCGAAGGCCAACUUCUAAGCCUGUUGAUGAGGACCUGUACAAGAUCUCACCAGGGCUUCUUUAUGCCAAAGCUAAAAAGAAGAGAGGUCUGUGUUUCUUUUCUAGUUGCUUGUUGCCAACUUGCAUUUCUUGAAGCUCACAGAAGGGUCAAUGCCAAUGUAUAUAUAAGUGAAAUAGAGAAAUAGAUACUUCGAUUGAAUGAUGCUAUGUGAAAGCAGCAUAUUUUGAGCCCAGUAAGAUCAUUAUUAUAGUGAUGAUCGACAUGGGAUGAUCUUGUUGCCAAUUUAGAGGGUGGCUUUUGGUUUCACUUUUGCUUUUGCGUUUUAGUCUUUGAUGUAAUAUGGUUGAGUUCUUGUUAUGCCUACAAACUGGAUUUGAAAAAGUGUGUAAAGAAUGAGAAGAAAGGAAGUUCUUAGAAAAAGUUCAUCUGUC